GAUACCGAUGCGACGCCAUAUUUUUUCACAGAGUUCUUUAUAUGUGGAAAUUUUUCUACUUUUGAAAAAUUAAAAAAAUCGUGGUAUAAAGGGCAAUAUAAUAUGAAAAUACAAGAAAUCUAAAUAUAAGUGUUUAUUCUAGCUUCAUAAGUAAAAAGUUCGUAAAGAAGUAAGGCGAGUAAGAAAUAAUUGCAUAAGAUAAUUUUUACUUGAUUGCCGGGUUGAAAACUACAUUUGCAUUUCUCAAAAGUAUAGAGAAAAAUAUUUUGUGUGUGAGGAAAAUUUUGGUGUAAUUGUAUAAUUGUAACUGAAGUUAAAAAUGGAAGCAGCACCCACAGCGAUGGUUGCACCAGUAGGUGCACCAGCACCACGUGGUGGUUAUCGCGGCAGAGGUGGACCAAUGCGUGGAAGCUUUGAACGCGGUCGCGGUAGAGGCAUGGGUCGUGGUCAUUAUAUGGGCCGAGGAGGUGGCAUGAUGGGUGGCGGUGGACCUCCACUACAAGGUAUGGGCCCAGGUGGACGGGGAAUGCGUGCGCCUCGAGGAUCAGGUUAUCAAGGUCGUGGGAGUUAUAUUCCACGCGGAGGUGGCCCACCAAUGCGUGGUGGUCGUCCACCGAUGUAUGUUCAGCCAAAGCAACACACAGGUGCUGAAAACAAUAAAACAGUUUCACCUGUACCAACAGCAAGCUCGGCUACUCCUGCACCAGUUGCUGAUGGCACAGCACCAGAAAUGGCGGCAGCUAGCAACGGCAGUGUCGUAGCAACGGAAUCUGCAGUUGCAGCAGCAGUUCCCGUAAGCGCAAACGGUGGUGUGAAUAGUUUGCCACCACGGGGACCACCUCGCGGGCGCGGUUCAUUCUCUCGUGGACGUGGAGGUUAUAAUCCUCAUAUGAACGGUGGAAUGCACGGAAUGGGUCCUGGUGGGGAACACGGUCAAAUGCCAAUGCGACGUGGUGGCCCACCACGCGGCCGUGGAGGUUACGGUCAAUCAAUUUCACGAUCUCCAAUGCAUUCACAGCCACACAGUGCUAAUACACAGAUUGCUCCAGUACCAUCGUUAAAACGUGGUUCACCAGGUGGUCCACCAGGACCGAAACGUGGGCGUUAUGAAGGAGGUCCUUAUUCACAAAGACCCAUGGCACCUAAAUAUCAUCAACCUAUGCAACAUGCAGCCCCAAUGGCACCACCAGCCAGCUAUGGUGCUCCACCCAGUCACCACCAACAGCAAAGCCAUCACAGCUAUGCUACACAUGAUCAGUCACAAGCUGUCGAUCCGUAUGCCCAAUCCUACGCAGCACCAGCCGCACAGUCAUAUAAUGGUUACGGACAAAGCGGAUAUGCUACACAUGCGUCAUCUGUAGCUCCAGCCAGCAGCGCUUAUUCACAACAGGGUGCCGAAUACGAUCAAAGUCAAUAUCAGACAUAUAGCUCUAGUAGCUAUAGCACUCAACAAGAUACGCGUUAUCAAACUUACGGGCAGGAUUAUACACAACAGUAUGGCGCUCCUGCUGUUGAUUACAAUACUGCACCGCAGGCGGACUAUUCGCAGCAUGGACAACAGGCCUAUGAUGAGCGUGCUUAUGCUGGCUACGAUUCACAGUAUCAGCAAGGCUAUUCAAACGCAGCUGGCUAUUAUUAAAAAAAAAAACAUAUAAAAACCUGCGACAUUUGAUGGGACACAAUUAAACGCUGUGCGUCAGAAUACUUUCCAGUUUUAAAUGGAGGAAGGAAUCAAUUACAAAUGCUGCACUUGUUGUGUGAAUAAAAUGAGAAAGUUAAUAGAUAUUAAGAGUUUUAUGCCAAAUAUAAUGAGCAUACAAAGUAAUUUCAAUAUUUACCGUACAGAGCUUAAGUCAAAUAUUAAUCAAAUAACAAAAAACAAAGAAAAAAAAAAACAGAUCGUUGAAAUAACGUUGGUGGUAAAAUAUCGAAAUCAACUUUCAAAACUUAAAAUUCUGGGUAAAUUUAAAUAACCAUAUACAUACACACUUAAACAAUCGACUAGAAAAUAAUCACUUUGAUCUAUAUGUUUAGUGUUAAGACAGGAGAGUAACCAAUUUAUUUGUUGAAACUUACUAUACAAUAAAACCGAAUAAUUUCCCAUAACUUCCCUCCAUUUACGUCCCAAAAUGCCCGCUUAUACAUAUACUUGUUUAGUAAUGAAAGAAAAAGUGCAAAAGAAGUACUUGAUAUGCAAAUAUCUAAACAAUUUGUACGAAUUAUUUUAGCUUAUAUUUAAGGAAAACUAUUGACUAUUGAUUUCUGAUUUAUAUAUUUUAAACAAUUGACUAGACUACAAUUUAUUGAAUGACCAAACAAAUAAAAAAAACACAACCGCACUAAAUUUUUUUAAAUUGCUAGUAGCAAUUAUGCCUAUUAUUGUUUUGUAAAUUAUAUGCAAAAAAGGCGAUAAAAUAAAUCAAAAAGCUGAAGCAUGUAAAAGAAAAAAGAAUUCGAUUAAAAUGCAAUUGUAGCUGCUACUAUUCUGCAUACUGCAAAAUUGCUACUUUUAGUUUUAAGCUAAAAUUGAUAUUUCCAUGCACUGAACCUAUAAAAAAUUUUAUAUUAUACGGAAAAUUGACAAACUAAUUUUUUGUUUAAUUAUAUAAAAUACAAACAUAAGGACAACUAUAUAGUUUAAUUUUCAAAAAAAAAAAAAUUACUGAUAAUUUUGUCUUCAUACUUCAAAACAAAAUAUGUAUAUUUAUUUCUCAUCAAAUAUAUAUAUAUAUGGAAAAUAUAAAGCAAUUACACAUAACAACAUAUACAUAAAUGCAUUGUAGAAUAUGAGUAGCUCUAUUCUAUUACAAAAAAGUAAACAUGUUUAUGUUUGAAAUAGUCGCGCAUUAAGCGGUUAGAACAUCAAAUAGUAGCUACGGAAAAGAUUAAAAAAAUAUAUAUGCUAAAAUUCAAUAAAAAGUUAAUAUCAAA